CAGUCCACGCGUGUGGAACUUCUCGACUCGACAUACUCAACGUCAUCUGACACCUGUCACAGUUUGUGGUUCAUCUCUUCUGAUGAAGUCCUGUUUGUGCUCUUCCACGUGUAGGACACGCCGCGAUGGCUGGAACGACAGCCACAACCCGGCUGUAGGGUCAGGAUCAGCGCGAUCGAGCAUGGUCUGUGGCGUGCUGGGUCGGGCAGACACUGUGGCCAGGGCCGGGUCCACUUUCGGAGCAUGCUAGUGGCGUACCCGGUCGCGACGACGCUCCAAUUCCGAUUCCAGCCGCGCUGUCAAUGAGGGCGUUUGGGAGAUCCGCGGACGGACGGCAACACGAGCGACAUCUGACGGUGGUUCUGCUACUCGCGUCACUAUGGCUGUCCGGGGGCGGGAUGGCACCAUCCGGUGCUGGACCCGCACCCGCCGGCUCACUCAACAACAUCACCUAUAGCAGUGGCGUGGUCAAGACCAAAUACGGAACUCUCCGGGGCAUCGUCUUCCGGGCGGUUCCAACGCUCGUCGAAGGCUUCCUUGGAGUUCCGUACGCGUCACCACCGAUCGGCAGUCUCAGGUACAUGCCACCGGUGACACCAUCGACGUGGAAGUACACGCGACUUGUCGACCGGUUUGCGCCCGUUUGUCCACAGAAACUGCCCCGGUUGGAUGGGACAGAUCCAGGAUCACUUGGCGAAUUGCCACUGGAUCGACUGAAGCAACUCCGGCGUUUAGUGCCGACGCUUGUCAACCAGUCCGAGGACUGUCUAUAUCUCAACCUGUACGUGCCGCACGCAGAUGACGCACCUCGUCGGCCAGAUCACCUCAAGCCAUCAAUUGUAUAUAUCCACGGCGAGUCCUACGAGUGGAACUCCGGCAACCAUUACGACGGUACAACGCUAGCGAUGAACGGGAAUGUUAUCGUAGUUACAAUAAAUUUUAGGCUAGGAGUUUUAGGUUUUUUGAAAACUGGUGCUAAGGGAAGUGCCCAGGGCAACUUUGGGCUGAUGGAUCUCGUAGCCGGACUGCACUGGUUGCGGGAAAAUCUGGUCGCCUUCGGUGGUGACCCGGCUAAGAUCACACUGAUGGGUCACGGAACCGGAGCGGCCCUCGCCAACAUCCUCGCCGUGUCACCCGUGGCUGGAGAUCUGAUUCACCGCGUGGUGCUGCUCAGCGGAUCCGCCCUAUCGCCGUGGGCCAUCCAGCGGGAUCCGCUUUCCGUGAAGCGCAAAGUAGCCCUACAGACCUCAUGCGCGGGCGAUGUGGUGAACGACGAUUUGGCCCCCUGCCUGCGGACCAAAUCACUCGCGGAGCUUAUGAAUAUAUCGUUGAGUAGUCCUAGAUUUUUGCCAGGAUUUGCACCGUUUGUCGACGGGACCGUCAUAACACCGGCCAAGGCGGCCGUUAUUAAUAAUCUUAAAAUACCGACCGACUCGGCGAUCGCCAGCACCAGCGGCAUCGAGUUCAGCAACUUCCACAAACAGGACGUCCUGUUUGGGCUGACGACGUACGAGUCCUACCUGGAGCUGACGGCGGCGGACCUUGAGUUUGGCUUCAACGAAACCAAGCGCGACCGCAUCCUGCGAACCUUCGUACGCAACGCCUACCGGUACCACCUGAACGAGAUCUACUCCGCGCUGAAGAACGAGUACACCAACUGGGAGCGGUCGCCGAGGAGUGCGUACGGUUAUCGGGACGCGGUGUUGGAACUGUUGAGCGAUGGACUAACGGCGGCUCCACUCGUUCAGCUGAGCCACCUGCACAGCCUGCAGGGAGGACGGUCGUACUUUCUGCACUUCAAGCACCAGUCGCACGAGUGGAAGUUUCCCCAGCGAAGUGGGUCCGUUCGCGGCGAGGAUGUGCCUUUUGCGUUAGGAUUCUCACGGUCACCGAUGUUCCCGCUCACCCUCAGCCGGCUGGACAUGCAGGUCAGCAGUACCGUCAUGCGCUACUUGUGUAAUUUUGUAAAAACAGGAAACCCAAACGGGCUGCGUUCGCCACGCAUGGAUGUGUUCGUGAAUAGCAACAAUAAGCGGAGCUGGAAUCCGGUGAAGAAACCGCACAACGAGACGCUCAUGCGUCAGCUGGUGGCGUCCUUUCGCCAGCAGGACCAGCUUCAUCCACGAUCCGGACCGUCAUCCCUGGCGCCGGAAGACCAGCCUCUUUUGUCGCAGGGCCAAGCGAUGAUGCAGCAGCAGCUGCAGCAGUACUACCACAAAGACCGCCAGCAGAAGCACUCACGCAGGAAACGGACGAGAUAUUCCAACGAACCGCAGCGCUUCAACUCGAACGAGGCAGGCGGUUAUGGUUCCAGCGAGGAGUCGAACCCGAGCAGCUCGAACGGGGAAGGAGCAAGUGACGACGAGGACACCAGGCAGGAGACCAACGAGUCCACGGGAAGGAGUGAGACCGAACCAAGCUACUACAACGUGGACAGUGAUUACGUGUACAGCGGCUUCACGACCAUCAAGUACAAUCUACCGUUCUGGGGGCACUACGACACCACCAAUCAGGUCUUCAUGGAGAUAGGAAGCCAGGUUGUGCCGAAAAGUCACUACCGAGGCCACAAACUCUCACUCUGGUUGAGCUUGAUUCCGCAGCUGCACUCAUCGUUUAACAUUCCUGAGCUGUCGAUGAGACAUCACCACUUCAGUGAGGAAAACCCAAUGUUCUACGAUGGGCUGGUGCGGGAGCAAAUCAUCGAUCCUCCACUGAUGCACAUUGGCUUCGUAACGUCCACAACCUCCAAAAUGCACAAAACGGAAACGAUCGCAUCCACCAUAUUGCAGUCUAUUUCCACGGAGUGUCCUCCAAACAUCACCUACAUUCAGACGGCUUCCGCAUCCUGGCCGAUACACAACUCCGCGCUUCCAGCCCAACAUGGCGACUCCAAUCGCAGUCUGAUCAAUCGGCUAACGCACAGCUACCACCGUAGCUACUCCACGGCUCUAGCCAUCACCGUCGGUGUUGGGUGUUUCCUUCUCUUCCUCAAUGUGCUGAUCUUCGUGGCGAUCUACUAUCAGCGGGAAAAGCGCGAAAGCAACUCACGCAUGAAGAUCAAUCUGCUCGAGCUGGAGUCGCGUCUCAACGUGGUCGAAUCGUCUUCUGCUGCGGUUGCUGCUGCAUCCGCAUCUUGUGCUGGUGAUGGAGAAGCACCCUGCAAAGACGACCAGCAACAGCAGCAGCAACAGCGGAAGGAUGACGACCACCAGCAGACAACUCCGGGUAAGGCAACACCGGCCAGAGUUGGUCCCAGUGCGACAACGACGACGACAAAGCAGCAAACCGGAGGAUCCACUAGCAUUCAGACAAUCGAGCUAUCGCUGACACCUCACUAUCACAGCCACACGCCUCACGCCAUGACGAUGCGUCGUAGCAGCACAUCCGCCAUUAGACACUCGCACAAAUGCGAACUUCAGCAACAGCAGCAACACCUCUAUCAUCAUCACCAGCAGCAGCCGACGAGCAGCAAUCGAACGGUUUCGCCUAAGAAAGUCUCCAUCGUUUCACCAAACCCGUCCGACGAUCAAUCCACAUCCGGUUCGGCGUCAUCCCUGGGUUCGGACCAACCAGGUGCAGGUGUCACUCAGCAACAACGAGAGACUAGAAGCUUCUCCGUCGUCAGUCUCCCCAAGGAGCUGUGUAAUCAAUCGACACAGUACGAUCUGGCUGAGGUGAGCGAUGUGACGCCUCGACCCACGAUGGCAAGUACGGCAACGAUGACUCGACGACGGGAUUUCCGUGAUGACUUCCGGUCAACACCUGCCAUUGCUGGUGCAGGUGGAGGUAGCACUCGGUCACUCGCAACACCCAAGGAUUACGCACACCGGGACGGGAACGAACUUCUGGUGCAAAGUGGGCCAGGCAUCCUGCGGCCACCUUCGCUGCAUCAACUUCAUCAUCAUCAACACCUUCAUCAGCACCAGCAGGCCCAACAGCAGCAGCAACAGGGUGACUCGAGUGGCGGCAAGAAACGCGUUCAGAUACAGGAGAUCUCCGUCUAGAGGCGCACCCGGAAGCCCGGCAGCGGUCACGUUUUAGUUGAUUCGGAAACAGUGCGGCGGCACACUUACAGGAUUUUGCGCUGUAAGAAAUCCCCCCCCCCCCCCGGGAAUUGAUGUAACGAACAGCGGUUAAAUAAAGCGCACGCGAUCGAUCGGCAUCGAACGC